GUAUAGCAGUACACAAAAUGUGGUCAUUAAAAUUUAUUAGUCAUAAAGAGAGACCCCAUCCCCAUGUGUAGAAAAAAAAAAAGGUGAAAUCCAUGAUCCCAAUGAUCGACCAGCAAUUAAACAGCUAGAAUUAAUUUGCUGCUGCCAAUUGUGUGCCUAAUACGUGUUCAUAGUGUGGCCUCACCUCACUCACUCACUCACUCACUCACUCACAACGUAUCCUACCAAAACCCGUAUACACCAAACUCCAUUCCUCCGCCACGCGACUUCCCCACGCUUUAUCUAAUUCCCUUUUAUUAUUACACCACUAUUUUUUAUUAACCCCCCCAAUCCAGAAAAAAACAACAUUUGCUUUCAGGUUUCGUUUCAACUCACUCUCUCACCUCUCUAACCCUUAAUUAUUACCAACGACCACGCACCACAUCCACUUUCAUCAAUUUCCUUAAUCUCCACAUAACAUCAACAGCAACAACCACAACACAACCAACCAACAACUUCCUUCUAUGUGCCUGUCUACAACAACAACAACUACUACUACUGCUAGUUCUACAUGGAUGGCAACCCUUUUGGAAACGUGCCACCACCUCCAAUACAAGUUCCUGAUAACUUCCCUCAUUCAUCCUCCUCUUCGCCAACCCCAACCACGUCCUCUCCGUCUCCCACUCCUUCCGCCGGCUUCCGCUACAGGGGGACGCGCUCCCGUAGCGGUAAGUGGGUGUCGGAGAUAAGGGAGCCACGUAAAACCACGCGCAUUUGGCUGGGGACUUACCCGGCACCGGACAUGGCUGCCGCAGCCUAUGAUGUCGCGGCUCUCGCGUUGAAAGGACCCGACACGCCCCUUAACUUCCCCAAUUCCAUACUCUCGUACCCGAUUCCCGCGUCAUUGUCCGCCACCGAUAUUCGCGCCGCGGCUGCGGCAGCAGCGCAGGCUAGGCUCGUGAGGGCGCCGCAGGAGAGUGGGCAGGCGGUAAACCCUGAUAUUGGACAGGAGUCGGAGAAGCCCGAGGAGUACUAUGAUGAGGAUGAGUUGUUGAACAUGCCGAAUUUGCUUGAUGACAUGGCCAGGGGAAUGCAGGUUGUGAGACCGUACGGAUCAACCUACGCUAGUUGUUCCAGAUUACAGGUAAUGUUAUAAGUGUCCGUCUUAAGUAUGUUGAAUAUUCAAGAUAAUGGCUCUGACAGGAUUAUGAGGAUAUUUGAUGUCUCCUACAAAAGAAAAAUGCUUGAGUGUGUGUGGGUGUUUGUGUCAGCGUCUGUGUUUCGGUUUGCCCUCUUUGUUGGUUGAAGGUGAUUUUGGUUUUGAAGGCUGCUGCUGGGAAAGUUGCGUUGAGGUGUAUAUGGAAUGGGAUACAAGUUCAAGGAAUGAGAUAAGAUUACUCUCACCAUUGCUGGGUUUGGUGAGAGAUGCCAAAAUUUUUAAGGAAUGGUUUAUGUGAUCCGUUGUUUUGUUAGAUCCGUAGUUCCGUACGGUGUAAUCAGUUGGGGGAGCCUAGCUAGAAGGACUCUACUUUUGAUCAUGGGUCUUUCUUUCUCCUUAGUAAUACAUAGACGAUUCUACACAUGUGUGGGUUUGUUGCCCUUUCGAGGUACUUUUGCGGCAGAUUUGUAUUCAAUGAAUAAAAACUAUUUCUGGAACUUUGUAGAAGCUUCAGGAUCUCUUGUAUGUAUGUAUUUAAGCUCUUCUAGAGAGUGAUAUAUAGAGUAUAUGACAAAUAACUGGUGUAUCCAUUCUCUUAUGCUAUGCGUCUGGAACUCAAGUUAGAGUGCACACAAUGUUUCUUCUAAUCAUAACUUUCUUC